UUUCAGAUGGCCCACACGAAGAGGAGGCUAGUUUACGCUUCCAUUCUCAUGAUGGGCGCACUCUGCUUGUACUUUAGCAUAGAGAGUUCUUUCAAAGAACUCCCGUUUGUUUUCAAGAAAAGUUACGGGAAGUUUCUUCAGCUUCCGGAUAUAGACUGCAAGCAGAAGCCGCCUUUCCUCGUGCUGCUAGUGACGUCAUCCCACAAGCAGAUAGCCGCUCGCAUGGCCAUCCGCAAGACGUGGGGUAGAGAGACAUCGGUGCGGGGCCAACAGGUGAGGACCUUCUUCCUUCUGGGGUCCUCAGAAAGCACCGAGGACAUGGAUGCCACAGCCCUGGAGAGCGAGCAGCACCGCGACAUCAUCCAGAAGGAUUUCAAGGAUGCCUAUUUCAACUUGACCCUGAAGACCAUGAUGGGUAUGGAAUGGGUCUACCACUUUUGUCCUCAGACAGCUUUUGUGAUGAAAACGGACUCAGACAUGUUUGUGAAUGUUGAGUAUCUGACCGAACUGCUGCUAAAGAAAAACAAAACGACCAGGUUCUUCACAGGCUACAUAAAGCCCCAUGAUUUUCCCAUCAGAAAUAAGUUCAACAAGUGGUUUGUCAGUAAGUUCGAGUAUCCCUGGGACAGGUACCCACCAUUUUGCUCCGGAACUGGUUAUGUCUUUUCCAGUGAUGUGGCGAUCCAAGUAUACAAUGUAUCAGAGAGUGUUCCGUUCAUCAAGCUGGAGGAUGUGUUCGUCGGGCUCUGCCUGGCCAAGCUGAAGAUCCGGCCGGAGGAGCUCCACACCAAACAGACCUUCUUCCCUGGUGGUUUACGCUUCUCUGUGUGCCGCUUUCAGAAAAUUGUGGCGUGCCAUUUUAUGAAGCCCCAGGACCUGCUCACUUACUGGCAGGCACUGGAGAGCUCGAAAGAAGAGGACUGUCCUGCUGUCUGA